AUGAUCAUUACGCCAAGUGGUGACUAUGAAUCUCAAAAUGAGCAACUAUCAAUACCUUUUAGCAUCGGCAAAUACCAAGAUCAAGUCACUUGUGAUGUGGUGCCAAUGCAAGCAGGGCAUCUAUUACUCGGUAGACCGUGGCAAUUUGACCGAGCCACAACCCACAAUGGCCGCACCAAUCAUUAUUCUUUCAUGCACAAGGAGCGUAAGUAUAAUCUUGCGCCUCUCAGCCCCACCGAGGUACAUGAAAUGCAAGUGCACAUGAACAAAGAAACCGAGCUAAGUAAAAACAGUCUUUACUUAUCAUGUAGUGAUAUUUAUAAAACCAUGAGUGCCAAUGGCACCGUGCUACUGAUGAUGUUUAAGGAGUGUUUAAGCGCAGGUCUAGGUGAUUCUGAGAUACCUCCUGAGGUACAAGGUAUUUUGAACAAGUUUAAGGAUGUAUUUCCCGAAGAGAUACCACCAGGGUUACCACCACUUCGUGGAAUAGAGCACCAAAUUGACUUAGUUCUCGGUUCAGCAUUGCCCAAUAAGCCAGCUUAUAGAAUAAAUCCCGAGGAGACUAAAGAGCUAGAGAGACAAGUACGAGACCUAAUGGACAAGCGUUAUAUCCGUGAGAGUCUCAGUCCUUGUGCUGUGUCAAUUCUCUAA